UAAAGGUAAAGGUGGAUUGAUGACUAAGACAACGCAUGAUUUGCUCGUGACUAGAGCCGGCGCCGGACAUCGCCGGAACGAGCCGACUGGUGACGAUGGGACCGCUGUCGCUCGUAAGCCUGCUUGCUACAUACAUCAUGAGUGCCGUUAAAUCCCUUGCUACUUGCCUCUUCUGUAAAAUCAUCAAAGGCGAAAUCCCGAGUAUGAAGCUCGUGGAGACCGAGUUAUCAUACUCGUUCUUGGACAUCGGCCCUCUCUCCAGGGGACAUGCUCUCGUCAUCCCCAAAUACCACUCCCAUAAGAUGCACGAGCUUCCGGACGAGUACCUGGCCGAUGCCAUGCCGAUCGCGAAGAAGAUCGCACUUGCACAGGGCGCGGAGAACUACAACAUCUUGCAGAACAACGGACGGCUAGCACACCAGGAAGUCGACCACGUUCAUUUCCACGUCAUUCCCAAGCCCACUGCCGAAGAGGGUCUCGUUGUCGGAUGGCCCGCCAAGCCGUUGCCGAAGGAGGAGCUCAAGAAGAUCCAUGAUGAGCUCUUGUCCAAGCUCUGAGCUCAACGGCGCAUAGGUAGUACAGGGUGUUUGUAUCAACAAUAGUUCAAAGCUCGCGUGGUGAACCAACCACAUGCGGCGGAUGCCCCUCAGAAGUCGAUCUUUUCGACAAUUUCCUCGCCUUUGCCUUGGAUAUCAGCUAAAGAAGCGUAGCCUGAGAGACCCAGAGUCGCGUCUAGAUCGGCAAGAGUGUGGAGGAUGACCUGCUCGAUUCCCGCCUGACCUGCGACGAUCCCUCCGUAGAGCCAAGGGCGGCCGACUGUAGCUGUGAGCACCCAGCGCUAGCUAUCGGACACCGACUCACGAAGGACCGCCUGGGCACCCAGCGCCAAUGCCUUGAUGAUGUCUGAUCCAGUGCGGAUGCCGGAGUCGAAAAGAACAGUCAACGCGCCCGAAGUCUGAGCUUCCUUAACCUUCUGCGACUUCAUGAUCCGUUCCAGCGCAUAGAGAGAUGGGAGGGCGCCGUCCACCUGACGUCCACCUUGGGAUCAAUAGAAUGAGUGGGGAACGAGAAGCGGUAGGGGCUAUCCGCGUACCGUGAUUAGAAACAACGAUUCC